AUGCGUGAUUAUCUAUUCAUCUUUGGUAUAAUGAGAAGUUAUACACUUUGGAUUUGGCAUAGAGAAGUAUUAGACAAGCCUACGACGUCACGAGGAAAAGAUUAUGUAGACGAUUGGAUGAAUGAUCAUUUAGAAGAUAUGGUACGUGAUGUUGGGGAGGAGAAUUUUGGAAAAUUUCAUUUAUAUGAUUCUCUUAAGUCCGAUUCAGAGGAAGAAUUAUACCCAGGAUGCACUAACUUUACGCAACUGUCAGCAACUUUGAAAUUAUUCAGUUUAAAAGCAAGGCAUGGAUGGACGAAUACAAGUUUCACAGAAUUGUUGGAGUUGUUAAAGGAGAUGCUUCCAGAAAAUAACACGUUACCUAUCCGUAAUUACGAGGCGAAGAAAGUUUUAUGUCCAAUGGGUUUGGAAUAUCAAAAGAUACAUGCAUGCCCAAAUGAUUGUGUUUUAUACAGAGACGAGUUUGUUUCACUGAAGGCGUGUCCAACAUGUGGUUUAUCGCGGUUUAAAAAGAAAAUUGAUGGAAAUAGUGGCAAUGAAGACAAAGAUAGUCCACCUGCUGAGGUGAUGUGGUACCUUCCUAUAAUACCUAGAUUCAAACGACUAUUUUCCAUUAAAGAAGAUGCAAAAAACCUGAAAUGGCACGUUGAUGGAAGAAAGUGUGAUAAUCUUCUUCGACACCCAGCUGAUUCUCCACAAUGGAAGAAGAUUGAUGAAACAUUUCCAGAAUUUGGUGCUGAGCCAAGAAACUUAAGACUUGGACUUGCUACAGAUGGUAUGAACCCUUAUGGGAACUUAAGUAGCAAACAUAGUUCAUGGCCAGUUUUGCUGAUGAUUUACAAUUUAUCUCCUUUGUUGUGCAUGAAGAGGAAAUAUAUGAUGUUGUCUAUGAUGAUAUUGGGUCUUAGACAACUUGGAAAUGACAUUGAUGUGUACCUAAAGUCGUUGAUCGAUGAUUUGAAACUGUUAUGGGAAGAAGGUGUCGAUGUGUAUGAUUCAUAUUCUCAAGAAUUGUUUUGUUUGCGUGCAAUGUUGUUUUGCACCAUAAAUGAUUUUCCAGUAUAUGAAAACUUGAGCGGUUACAGUGCUAAAGGUCAUUUUGCAUGUCCCAUUUGUGAAAAGAACACGAGUUAUAUUCAAUUGAACCACGGUCAGAAAAUUGUGUAUACAAGACAUCGAAAGUUCCUUCCUCGAAAUCAUCCUUAUCGUAGAAUGAAAAAAGCAUUUAAUGGAAGUCCUGAGGAUGAAGUUGUAGCGAGACCCCGCAAUGGUGAAGAAAUAUACAACCAAGUGGAAAACAUUGACAUUGUGUUUGGGAAACAUCCAAAGAAAAAGACCACAGAGAAAAGCAUUUGGAAGAAAUGA